UGCGCAAGGUGGAGGUGGGGGUUUAUAGGGCAGGCUCGGCUCCCUGCACUCUAGCCCAGCACCGCUCACCGACCUGCAGUGCAGCUGCCCCGCAGUCAUGCGGCCGGCCAGGGCGCUGCUUGCCUUCUGCUGCCUCGUGGUGCUCACCGCAGGAGCCCGUUCCCCAGAUUUUUGUUCCCAAGAUCUUAACUCGGGCCUGAAGCCAGGAUUCCCCGAGACCAUCAAGACGGAUGACCCUGGAGUCCUGGCCGCAGCCAGGCACAGCGUGGAGAGGUUCAACAAUUGCACAGACGACAUCUUCCUGUUCAAGGAGUCCUUUGUUCGCAGGGCCCUGGUCCAGAUAGUGAAAGGCCUAAAAUAUAUGCUUGAGGUGGAAUUCAGCCGAACCACCUGCAGGAAAACCUCGCACGCCCAGCUGGACAACUGUGACUUCCAAAGCAACCAUACCCUGAAGCAGACCCUGAGCUGCUACUCCGAGGUCUGGGUAAUCCCCUGGCUCCAGAAGGUGGAGGUACCCGUUCUCCGCUGUCACUGACUCCUGGGCAAGACCGUGGCUGCGACAGACACGUGAUGGAUGAUCCAGUAGGUCGCUGCCAAGGACAGAAGGGCGGCGCCCACUGCUACCUAUGUUACACUGCACUUUCUUCUCCAAUCAGCUGUUCUGCUGAUGCUUCGCACCUGGACCCAGGGCCGGAGCAUAGGGGACCGAGUCCUCGGAUCAAAGUCACUGGAGUCGGGGCCACAGCAGACACAGGCUGACCUCAGCGAGUGGGGGUCCCAGCAUCCACCCAGGGUCUCAGCAAGCAGCACUGGAAAGGUGGGAGGCAGGGAAAGCAAGCAUGCUCCUGGCAUCAGGACCUUGUGUGGAUGCACAAUGCUAAGUAAAGAGCUGACCAUCUCAAAGCAAA